AACUUAUUAGCAUUGAAGCCAUUGAUCAUCACAAUUUUAUUACAUAAAAACUUCUAUAAGGCAAAUCUUGUAGAUAUUGACAUGGACAUGGCAGACUUAAAGACCCUUAACUACGAUGAUAUCGAUAGUGUUUCAAAGCUACAAAAAAGUCAGAGAUAUGCUGAUAUAAUGCAGAAAGUGGAAGAGGCUCUUGAGAAAAGAAUUGUAUUAGAGUACAAGAAGCUAAUCUUGGAUUGCAGUCAGCUCUUAGUUGAUAUUGAGAAUGAAAUAGUCAUCGUUCACAACUUUAUCCGUGACAAGUAUAGACUUAAGUUUCAAGAGCUUGAGUCGUUGGUUCAUCACCCAAUCGAUUAUGUUCGUGUUGUGAAAAGAAUUGGCAAUGAGAUGGACUUAACCCUUGUUGAUCUUGAAGGCCUUCUUCCAUCAGCUAUGAUCAUGGUUGUUUCAGUUACUGCUUCAACCACGAAAGGUAACCAACUGCCUAAGGAUGUUCUGCUAAAAACGAUAGAUGCUUGUGAUCGGGCUCUAGAUCUUGAUUCCGCAAGGAAGAAGGUCCUUGACUUUGUUGAUUGUGUCAUUGUGUGUGACACAUACUGACAUACAUCUAAACUUAAUGUGCUUCUAUUCAUAGCCAUCUCAUGCUUCGGAAACACCGUCCUCCUCUGCAUCUGGAUCGAAGUCUUGUGGAAAACAUAAAGCCUAUCAUUCCUC